AUGGGCUUCAGCAAUUCAAGAGUGAGUACUACUCUUCUUUAUUCUCUUACAUAUUUUUUCUUGUUUCUCAUAUUACCAAAUUGCAUAGCAAUAGACACCAUCAGUGCAAAUCAAUCAAUCACAGAUGGAGAAACCUUAGUAUCAUCUGGAAACAUCUUUGAAUUAGGUUUCUUCAGUCCUGGUAAUUCUACUAAUCGAUAUGUCGGGAUUUGGUAUAAGAAGACUUCAUACACACAAGUUGUUUGGGUCUUAAACGGGUUGAACCCGAUUUUGGAUUCCCAUGGAAGUUUGUCCAUCAACAAUGAAGGUAAUCUUGUUCUUCUAGAUGGGAACCAAAACGUGAUUUGGUACAAAAAUGCUUCUUCAACUAUGUCCAGUAAUAAUAGUACUGUUGCAAUACUAAAUGACGAGGGAAAUUUUAUCCUUAGUGAUAACCAAUCAAAUGUGUCGCUUUGGGAUAGUUUUGAUCAUCCCUCCAACACUUUAAUCCCAAACAUGAAACUCGGAGGUAAUGACAAAUUGGGAAUAAGUCUUAGAUUAACAUCUUGGGUAAGCGAAAAUAAUCCGGCACCGGGAAAUUUUUUCUUACGCCGGAAUCGACAACAAGUAGAACAAAUAUACAUCAUGAGUGGCUCAACUGCAACCAUCGUGAAUGGUUCAAAUGAAGUCACGCACUGGAGUUCCGGUCAGUGGAACGGACAGAGCUUCAUGGGAAUACCUGGAAUGCCUCAAGACUACAUUAACGGUAUCACCUUCAGUAGCGACGGCAAUGGAGGACAGUAUUACACGUAUACCACAUCUGAUAGUUCCAAUAUUUCUAUUGACAUUCUUGAUUCUUCAGGAAAUUUAGUGACAAAAAAUUGGGAUGACCAAAAGAAAGAAUGGGUUGAUAUAUGGUCUGCAAUCAGUAGCCAAUGUGAUGUUUAUGGUACAUGUGGGCCUUUUGGGAUUUGUAAUAAGACGGAAGCAGUGAUUUGUAGCUGUAUGACAGGGUUCCAACCCAAGUUCUCUGAUAGAUGGAGAAAUGGAAACUGGAGUGAUGGGUGUGUGAGAAGUACUCCAUUACAGUGUGGUUCUGGUUCUAAUUCUAGUUCUGGUUCUGGUUCUGGUUCUGAUCAAGACGGGUUUCUGAAAUUGGAAGGAGUGAAGUUGCCAGAUCUUGCAGAAUAUUCAUCAGCUCAGGACUUGAAUACGUGUAAUAGUAGUUGCUUCAACAAUUGUUCUUGUCUGGCUUAUGCGUACGUUACUGAUCCUGGGUGUAUGGUUUGGAGCACGGACUUGAUUGACGUUCAGCAAUUCUCUUCCGGUGGGGAAGACCUUUAUCUCCGUGUUCCAUCUUCAUUACUAGAAGAGCAUAGGUUUGGGUUGAACUCUUCAACUAUCAGAAGUAUCCCAAUUAGUGGCUUGGAUGUUUCACAAAGCAUUGUUGGGUUUAGUGGCUUUUAUCUAGAUCGGUUGAAGGUUCGAUUCAAUAGUCCAAAUGGGCAAAUUAAGAAGGUAGAGAACUUGUUGGUGUUGGACCAUGUUGGGUCCAACUCCAUGUGUGCAAGUGCCAUAUGA